AUGUCCAUUUAAAAAUGCACGAAUAUACGAAGGUCGCGUUUCAUUUGUUUCAGGAGAAUCUAACAAGAUGCCAAGGGUUUCUUUGUCAGCCGUUCAUGUUUGUUUUGAUCGUCCGGCGCGCAUGCGUGGUCGCCAGGCGACGGUGACCGCCGGCCGGCCGCCACUUGCCAACGGAGGCUCGAGCGACGCGCGCCUCUACCGAGCCGUGCGCGAAAAUCGUGCUAAAUUUAUCGCGCGGGAAAGCAUGGCCGACCGCGCUGCUUCCAGCCACGAACACGAGUGCACUUCGGGUUUUUCCGGGCGAGGUCGCGCAGGGCGGGCGGCGCGCGCCGAUCCCCCAGGCACCCUGCCUCGCAAUACAACUUAAACCACACACAUAACAGCACGCUCUAACUGCAUAAUAAUAAAACUGCAAAAUUUAAAUUAAUAAUCCACUGAAAUCUGUCCCAGUUUGUGUGAUGUACGUGAUACGAUGCAUUCAGGUGCUGUAGACGUUUGGGACUCUGAAAUGUGAACCAGCUGACUCGGCGCGUCACAACAGAUUAAACUCGGAACAAGAAAGAGGGAGAAGACAAAUAAUACUUACAAUGACGGUGGUGACGAAUCCUGCCCGGACGGGGUCCGACGACGAGAUCGAGUCGGGCCGCGACAGCGCCGCUGGCGACAGCUCCUGCAUCGAGUCUGAGAACGAAAACGCUCGCCUGUACGACGACGAGAAGCAAAGCGACAUAGUGUUCGUCGCCGGCAUCAAUGGCGACACCUGGCGCUACCCCGGCCAUCGACGCGUCCUCGCCGCCACCAGUCCCGUCUUCGCGGCCCUGCUGGCCUGUAAAACGGACGUUAUCGUUGUCGACUACAUCGACCGCCGUGGCUUCGAACAACUCCUCCGCUACCACUACUGCGAGCCAACACAGCUCAACUCUGUGGCGACCGCCCGGUGCGCCCUCGACGCCGCUUACAAGUUCCUGUGUCCACCGCUGGCCGAGCGAUGUGCUCGCCGGUUAGACGAGAUGCUGGAUGCCGGCGUAGCUCUAGAAAUAUUGCGGGACCUGCGCUACCUCUGCGCGCGUCUCCCUGGUGCUGCCUCGGCCCCUCCUUUGCCGGCUCUCACGGAUGACGCAGCCGCGCGUUCUCUUGCACAGUGCUCGCGAUGGUGCGAUUCCUUGGCGCACAACGCGUUGCUGGUGCUCGACGAAAACGCUAAUGCAGCUUUAACCGACGAGCGUCUCGAAGAACUAACGUACGAAGAUCUCGCUUUGAUAGUAAAGCGCGACACGCUUCGCGUAUCAAACGAGUUAGUCUUGGCUGAGGCGCUCUCCAGAUGGGCUACGGCCGCCUGCAAACGAACUAAACGCGAGCUGAUGCCGAGCAACAAGCGGGCAGCGCUAGGCGAGCUAGCUUAUUGUCCGCGAUAUUUGCUGCUGCAGGGUGAGGACUUGGACCGUGCUCUCGCUUUGGAACUGUUGGAGCCUAUGGAGAGAGCCUUGGUUUUGGCUCGGGCACGUAAGCUAUCGGCACCAGUACCCGUGGGCGCGGAGCAGGAGGGACUGCUGCGGCGGUGGGCGCGGCCGCGUCCGGCGGAGCCCGCCGCGCUGCCCGUGCAUUUGAGCCCGCGUUCCCAGCCGGUGCCCGAAGAUCCCCAGCCUAGCAAGCUUUGCGCGCGCCGACCUAAGCGACCAAAGCAACCGAGCUUCGCACCGGAGGAGAAACGCAAGAAACGCGGCUGCUGCGCCUGCUUCGGCGAAGGCCUUCUCCGGGCAUUCAUAUGCCUUUUUGAUUAAAAUGGCAGAAAAUUUCAAGUAAAUGUGAUGUUGCGUUAUCGAUGAUGUGGACCGAAGUGAACUAAGGUGUUAUGAGUGACAUUUUCUUCAAUCCUGACGAAACUUGGCUAACACAGUUCACGUAUUACGGAAGUUAAUGGAAAUGAUAGAAAAAUUGAGAUAUAUCGAAUAUUCUUAUGAUAUUUAUGAUAGACAAUGUGGAAAAGACUUCGUCGAAGGACUCGUCUGUUUUUGUAUUUUUUUACGAAUUUGAUUAAUCUUAAUUCGUAGUUAAAUUUUCAGAACUCCUAUACAGUUAAAUUUAAUAACGGAGGAGUUUAUCAACUGCAUGAUGUUACCAUGUGAAUCGUUUCUUGUGGUUUUGUUUAGUAAAUGCUUUAGGUCGGAAUGCAAUGCUUAGGUCACAAGUUGGCAACUGAAAGUUGUUUGUUUUAUCAUAGUUGAGUCGAUAACGUACUCCCGAAUGUGUAGACGAAAUUGUUUAACGAGAAAUAUAUUAUUACGAUCGGUGUCGCGGCCCAGCCGCAGUAAGUACCUAGAUAAUGUCUACAUUUAGCACUUUAUGUACUUAUGUGGUAGAUACUUUUGUGUAUUUAAUGUUGUGAUAUCUAUUUGUUACCUAAAUCAAUUAUAUUAUAAUUAUUUUAACGUUACCAAAUUGUAUUCAGUUAGGUGCUUACAUAUCCAAUUGUAAAACAAUUUGCAUUUAAGAGCGUAUUGGAAUCAUUUGAGAUUUGGUGCACAAAUGCUAUAUUACUUAGUUUUGUAAGUACAUUGUUUUUGUUAGCUUAAUUUAAAUUAAUUUUGUUGCAUUUAUCAACAAAAUUGUGUAAAUUAUGAAGCUUUUAAAAAGUACCUCUGAAUUAUUUAGUAUAGAAUUGUAAGUAGGAGAUUACUUCCAUAAUUUAAUUAUGAUUAAUGUGCUCCCUAGUCAUUUUUAGGCACACUUAUACUUUAAGGACCUAUAAUUUUAUUUUGAACAAGUUAUAAUUGCGGACUGAAUUAACAAAGUCCCGGGAGAAAUUUUUGUUUCAGUGAAAAUGUCGUUUUCCUCAAAGCCAUUGUUCCUUUGUUGGCAUCUUGUAGCAUUUCUCCGUUCUCGGAACGUACACUGCCUUCGAUUAAACGUGUUCUUAUAUUUAAGCAUUUAGAUUUUCAAUUAUUUAAAUUAAUAUUUUUUAGAUUGUGCCAUAGUCUAAUACAAACUUGCAUUAGGAAGUUGCACGACCGUGCGUCCAGAGUCCAGACCAGACGCCUGAAGAGUUUCAAGAGUCUCUAUAGUGUACAAGUAGAGUUUUUACAGUACAGUUUAUUUUGGUCAUCACACCCGACAUUUAUUACGCGAAAUGUUAAUUUGCAAAUUAGCUGUAUCCGGUGAUCGCACGCGCUUAAACUAGCCACUUAUAAACCCUUAAAUCAUUAAAAUAAUAUUUUGCAGAGAAUUUUACUUCACUUUUGUUAUAUGCGCACUGUUGCAUACCUAUAUUAGAUCGAUUUUUGAAAUAGAAUUAUUAAGAUCAUUAUUAUCAUGUACUUAUUUUUCUAUUUUGGACUUAUAAAAAUUAUAAAGAAAUUUUAGCUUUCUAUUUAAGUAGAAUAUUUAAAUUGCAUGCAGGACUUUUAAUACCUGUAAAGAAAUUGAUUGACUAUUUUACUUUUCAAUUGACUACGUACAGGGUUUUCAGGUGUAGUGGAAGUUUACAUUUUAAAAUAUUCUUGUCGUUAUAAACGAACCUUAAAUUUAUGCAAAAUAAAUGUAUAAUGCAAAUAAAUGUACCUAUCCUCUGCUCAAUAUAGACUCAAAUUCUUUAUGCUCUGCUCUUCCGUUUCAUCUGGCUAUUUUAAAAGCUUGUCACACUUUGCAAGACAAUAUAAUAUUGCGGGUUCUGAAAGAAGAAAUCAAAAGACUUACAAGUAAGAAGCAAGGUGUAUCUUGUAGAGUCGAGUGUGACAACUUUAUUCUUACGUAAACUUCCAUCUUCGACGUAUAUUUCUGUAAUCAUAAGAAACAUUUUGAGGUGUUCUUGUGAAUAGUUGUUUAGGUGUUUGUAAAAGUAGCAACAAUUACCUUAAUUCUGAACUGUUAGCAUCACCAACCAGCACAAAAUACAAAGAUACAUCUUUAAAAAUUAUUACCUGGGUACCCGAAAAGGUAAAAUUGUUUUACUCAAAGUUGUACAGUAAUUUAUCAGUCCUAGUUAGAAUUUACAUAUUUAAGAAUAGAUUGAAAUGAAUUUAAUAAACAACAUUUUUGUGCUGGGUUGUGAUCGUCUUUAUACUUAUACUUAUGUAUUGUACAAUAAAAACUUUCUGGUUUCGAUCCUUUUACUGUGUAUAAAAUUAUAAAUGGAUAAAACAAUUAAUCAGCUAUAAGCUGUAUUUGUAACGACUCCUCCUGAGACAAAAUAUAUAACAUUCAAUCUA